AUGUCUAAAGAUGGAGUCACUUGGAAUACAUACAAAGAGAACAAUGCCGAGAAGGUGAGAUAAUGGUUAAACUGUCUAUGUAGUCGGCGACUCUCUCUACAACGAUCAACUUAGGAUAUAAAGAGGUCAGGCCGUCAUAAAGGUAGGGGUAAACGCCGUCCCACCAAUCAAUGGACGAUGCAUAAUUCUAUAAAUGCUGAUCACAAAGUAUGAAUAAAUUCUCAGUGACGUUUUUCUGAAUCAUCUGAACUAUAUAAUUUUCUAUUUUCAAUGUGCAGGUGUUCCAAGGAAACUCAGAUCGAAAUACGAUUGUCAAGCACGCUCUUUCUACUGCCGUGAAAGCCAGAUUUGUUAGGUUUUUAUUACGUCAAUAA